UAUAUGUUGGCAUUUAUCUAUGUAGAGUACUGUACAGUGUUGAUAAAAGUGGAAUGUAAAUAAAUUCUAUUCUAGUAUCCAAUUUCUUCAAAAUUAUGUCGGAAGGAGACAUUUCGUGUCUACAUAGAAAUCUUUCGUCUUUAGGACUUGGCUGUGUUUCAGAGAAUACUGACACUUUCUCUGGCUUAUUAGAUCAGCUGAUAAAGAUAUUACUCGAAGAGAAGGGCAGCAAAAAGUUUACUUUAAAGUAUAAUGUGGCUAUAUUCAUUGAGCUUGAAUCAGCUGCCCUUAUAUUCAGUGCAGCAGAUGUUGAACUCAUAUUUGCAACAUUCAAAAAUGUUUUCCAAGACUGCACAAAAGAAAAUUACCCAUUUCUUCAAGGCCAAUGUCUUUUAUCCAUGACGUCUGUUUUAAUGCAAGCAUUUGAGAAGGUGGUUGAAGAAGAAAUAACAGUACUGUUUACAGAGCAUGUUGAGUUCCUGUUUAGUUUGAUAAAACAAACAAAUAAUGUGAACAACAUUCAUGUACGUUCCAUUGCUGCUAGCUGCCUUAGUGAAAUCGAACUCUUUUUUCCUCAAAUCCUAAAGGAUUAUGUUGACAGUUUGUAUACAGCAGCAGUAGCAGAAACUUCAAUAGCACAUCAGUCUUACAUGUCACUUCUGGCUCUAAUUAUCAAUCAUUCUUUUGCUGACAAAAUAAAGGCAUCUUCUCUAAGGGGCAAAUAUCUAAUUGUUCAGCAGAAAUACAGUUUUAUCCCACAAGAAGUUGACACAGCCAUCAUGGGAUAUCCUGAUUUAAAAGAGAUGCUGUCUUUCCUAGUAGACCAACUACCUCUAUGUUCAACUGAAGGUGCAUCUUGGAUAGCUAUACAGAUUAUUGACAUGAUGCUGCAGAGGCCAGAUCUGCAAGCAUCAGCCCAAGUUUUGAAACCAUUGGUACUUCAUUUUUCAAGCACAUACAGCCCACUGGCUGCUCAUGUUGUUUUUCUGCUUGAAAAACAUUUAGGACAUUUGAUUUUUCAAGAAAAGGACAUGAUCCAACUUCUACAGCAGCUGCUCCUAAAUUCAAGCCAUCCUUCUAUGUCACCACCUGUACGUCUUCUCUUCUUGGAUUGGCUGAGUGAUCUUCUUAUUAGGAGACCAGAGAAAAUAAAUAAUAUACAAAAUAUUUGUUUUUUCUUUCCUGGCAGCUUUGAUGGACCAGAAACUCACCUUAUUAAGCUGAAACUGUUAAGUUCUGUUUUAAAAAUUGGGAAAGAGUCCUCAGGUGUACUUCUACAGACAUUAGCCAGCUUACAAAAACAGUUGAAAUAUAAAUCAUCUACCAAACUAAAAUCAGCACUAGUGAAAGUAUUGUACAGAUUUUUAUGUGACCAUUGUACUUUGGUUAUGUGUACUGAAGUACCAAGGAUACUUGUGGACAUAACUAUGGAGGACAUAUCAUUUACUCCAUAUGUAUUGAAUUUCACGCAGUGUGUGCAAGAUAGUUUUCCCAAAUUAUCUGUUCCAUCUUGUAUUCUUACAUCACUGGUAAUGGAAUUUACUCAACCUGAAAGCACAGCUACACUUGCUACAUUCCACUUUGUUCUGGAUAUCUUCCUGAUGGCAAUUAUGCAGAACAUCUGUCAACCAAAGGUAAUAUUAAAUUACCUGAUGAAAUAUGUUGUGUGUGAGGAGGUAUGUGGGUUAUUAAACUGGACAGUUGGUCACCAAAUUCUGUCUUUGUGCUACAAGAUGAUGAGCAACUAUGACACUGUUGAGUUUUUCUAUGAGCUGUGUGAAGUAUUGAAAAUGUUCAUGGCUAAUUGUGAAGAUGUGGACCUUUUCGACAGAGCUCACAUAUACCAUUCUCUUUUAGUCUCCUUGUCCAAUAAAAAGCUGAAGGAAGUACUGGUGUCACCAAAACAAAGUAUUAUGGCAAGUGAAAAUACUCUUCUUUCUACAUCUUCCAUCUGCAGACUGGAUGAACCAAUUCUGCAGCUAAAGAAAGAAAAAAGAGUCAUAUAUUCAACAGAGCAGUGCAUUCCUGAAAGGAUUCUAGAUGUUCCAGAAGCAGAUAUACUGCAGCUACACACAAGACAGUUAUCAUUUGUGGCUAAGAAACCUCUCAUCAUAAAAGGAAGACUAAACACCACAUCCAAAUUUGUUGUAAAGUUACAGCCAAUUCAAGCUCUGGCAAUUUUCUUCAAUGCUCCAGAAUCUUGGGGUAGAAUUGAACCAAUUAUGAUUGGACAUUACACAAAGAAGAAUUCUGAUGAUUAUUCUGAAUUAUCACAUAUUGUGGACAUUGAAUGUUUCCUUUGCAAGCCGUAUCCUGCUAUUAUACAAGUCUGUGCUGAAUUUAGCAUUAAAAAUGUGUGCUAUGUGUGCAAUCUGGAGCCAUUAACGUUGGAUUUACCACACUUUUUCCAGCCAUUACCAGUUCAUGAUGAAUAUAUUUCUGCAUCAACCAUAUGGAGAAGAGCUUUAUUUUCCAUUCUGUGGGAUUCUUUGGAGGAGAAAUCUGUUACAGCAGAAAAUACAGCAUUUACUUCUGUUUGUGUGCUGCAACAAUCCAGGGAAGGUCUCAAAAGAAAACUGAGUGAAGAAUUGGAGGAUUGUAUUGUUGAAGAUUCUAAAGAUGAGGAUACCAUCCACAUUGGAAUUUACUUAUCCCCAGCAAGUCAUCUUCUUAUGAAGUUCUUAUUCAGAAAUGGUAGCACUCUAGUUAGAAUAGUCACUGAUGAUAUUCAUAUUUUAGCUCAUGUCAACAGCUACUUUAAGACAUGGUAAUAAGAGUGACAUGAAAGUGGAAUGGUGCUUACUUCUUUUGACUUCUAAUUCAGUAUGGCAUUUGUUUGAUAUAUUUCAUAAAUUUGUACAGUCUUAUGUUAAUAUCCAUAGAGAAUUAGUUCUGUGCAGUACUAUGCUGACAACAGAGCUGGGCCUAGAAAUAAUUAAUUAAAUGUUGAACUUAUUGGUGUCAUUAUUAACCAUCACCAAAUUGCACGCUUCAAGGUCAUGGAAGAACUUUGCCUCAUUUACUGUGUGGUUCUAAGUCAACAGUACAGCAUUGCUAGCUUUACUACACCAUGAGUUUUUAGCAGUCUUCAUUUGCCUAGCCUCGACUGUUCAUGUUACAACAUUCUACAGGUUGGAUGUGUCCUUGAAGUGUGCGCUUUGGUUGUGGCUAAAAAGUUAGUUAAUUGCCCAUGUCAUCAUUGUUCAUAUAUAUGCCUACAUAAGAAUAACAUAUUAAAUAAAAUUGAGAGGCAUAGAUGAUUAUUAAGCUGUUUAUUAAUAUAAACACACAUCUAUGUACUGUGAUCACAUGUUAAAAAACACUUAAUUAUUAAGUUCUGUAUAUACUGCUGUUAUUCAAUUUCAAAAAUUAUAUAAAGUGUAGGAUUUGAGGUUUUCAUAGUGGUGAGUCUGAAGAUUGCUGUCUUCUGGGUAUUGUGCCGUGUACUCCGGUAGAUUUCCACCAAUGUUUCAGAGGGUUGGAGGCAGUAUGACCUCUUCCAUCAUGUCUACUCACCUGUCUUAUGUCUGGUGAUCCACUUAACAGACCCCUAGGGGUCCUUAUAAGGGCUGCUUUCUCUGACCUCUCUUGCUCUCAUAUCCUUCCCCCUCCUGCUGGCCAGGCUUUGGUAUGCCCCCUACUCCUAUUGGUUUUCAGGCCCUUGCCAAUCCUCACCCCACUCCCCACUGGUCAGAUCAAGGUUCUGUCUGGCUGUCAGUUUCCUGUAUCUCAAACCGAUUCCAUGCACACUUACUCAUUCCCCUGAUGAUGGAGGCAGCAAGAGCUGCCGGAACAUUGGUAAACUUUUACCAGACUACACUGUGCUACAACCUAGAAGACGGCUAUCUUCAGAUUAAUCGCUGUGAAAACCUCAAAUUCCUGUUUCUUAAGAUGUUCUUCUGUAUCAAAAGUCAGGUGUGAGAUAAAUGGAUAGCAGCUUUAA